AUGAGAUUCAAGAUCAACCUUCUGGCCCUGUUGUUGGCCUACCAGUCUGCAGCGCACCCUCAUGAUACAUUAUCAGUUGGCUAUCGUCGCGAUGCCGAGCACGACAUCAAUCCCCACGAGCAAGUUAUCGUUUGGGUCGAUCAAGCUGGACACACAAUCAGUAUUGAGCAUAACCACCAGACCCCUACUACGGCCUCCAAGAACUCGCCCACCGAGCUGCCUCUGCUCCCAGACACUGAUGAUGUCCUCCCCGACAAUCUCCUCCCCAAACUCCCCAUCAAAGUGCCUAACUUGAACAUGCACUCGGACCCUCGCUUCGGCAUCUCCUAUUCGCCUUACACCAGCUACGGCACCUGCAAGUCCUUCGACCAGAUAAACAAGGACAUCGAGCAUCUCAGCUACUACUCCUUCAUCCGCAUCUACGGCAUCGACUGCGACCAGACCAAGCUCGUCACCCAAGCAGCCAGACAGCACGGCCUGAAAGUCUUCGCGGGCGUGUUCGACCUCCAAAACUUCCCAGACAGCCUGCACUACAUCCGCGACGCAGCCGCCGCCGCAGGCGGGGACUGGUCCGUCUUCCACACCAUCGCCAUCGGCAACGAGCUCGUCAACAAGGGCCAGAACGCCCCCGGCGACGUCGUCAACGCCGUCAACACCGCCCGCGGCAUCCUCCGGGGCGCAGGGUACCAGGGCCCCGUGGUAACGGUCGAUACCUUCUCCGUCAUGCUCCAGCACCCGGAACUCUGCACCGCGUCCGACUACUGCGCCGCCAAUUGCCACGCCUUCUUCGAUAACCAGCAGCUCCCCGAGCACGCGGGCGAGUACGCGCUCGACAAAGCGCGACGCAUCUCCGUUGCGGCGGGCGGGAAGAAAACGGUCAUCACGGAGUCGGGAUGGCCUCAUGCGGGCCUGGCUAAUGGCCGUGCGGUGCCGUCGCCGGAGAACCAGAAGAAAGCCAUUGCGAGUCUGAGGCGGGCGUUUGCGAACGAUCCCGACUUCGUGCUCUUCACUGCGUUCGAUGACUUGUGGAAGUCGGAUAAUCCGUGGACGUUUGGCGCGGAGAGGUUCUGGGGUAUUGAAGGAUAA